AUGAGGCAGCCGGCGCCCAUCCACUGGGUUGUCCAGGUUUGUCUAUUAUGGCUGUCAUUACUAUCACCUUUCACUCUUGUUCGGGCUCUUGCGACACCCGAUGAAUUACUUGAUACCAGAGCCAAUGUUAUUUCGACCACCUCGACCACCUCGCAGGCCGACAAUGGGAAAUUCCUCCUCAGGGUCCUACCCCUCGGCGCUUCGAUUACUUUUGGAUACAAAUCCACAGAUGGCAACGGCUACAGAGAGUGGAUUCGACGACAACUCCGCUUUGAAGGAUGGCCGGUUGAAAUGGUCGGAACUCGACGAGCGGGCACGAUGCGCGACAAUUUCAAUGAAGGCCAUGUCGGCUUCAGGAUAGAUCAAAUGCUGCCAAAGGCAGAGAAGGACUUUGCCCAACGACCGAAUCUCAUCCUUAUCAACGUUGGUACAAACGAUGCGCUUCAAAACCACCGCAUCUACUCCGCCGGUACUCGAAUGAAUAUCCUCGUUGAGAAGCUUUUCGAUAGCAUCGAAGGAACAACUAUCAUUCUAUCGACCCUCCUCCCGAAUGGGAGAAAACCCGAACAGGUCGAAUCCAUCAACGAGCAAAUUCGCAACCUCGUCGCUUAUCGCCGCGCAAGGAACAACAGGAUCGUUCUCGCCGACAUGAGCCAUUUUAUCAAGGUCGACGAGCUCGUUGAUAGGGUUCACCCGGAUGAUGCCGCUUACGAGAAGAUGGCAUCGGUGUGGUGGGCGGCUUUCCAGACCGCGCAGAGUGAGGGCAUGCUCCAGAACUUCAACUACACAUCCACCAUGUUCAACAUGAAGAAACUUGACGACAACACGACCGACCCUCACCUCCCCGCCUAUUCCGCCCCGGCUCAGCCAUCGGUGGAGAGCCGGAAUAAUGGCCAGCCACCAUCCGUCAAACUCAAUGUCUGGAUAUUGGCCUUGCAGGCUUUCACAGUUUAUAUUGGCUUUUCCACAUUAUACACAUAA